AUGAGCCGGGUGGAGGCCUCCCCCGCCUCAACGACACGGUCGCACCGCAGUAGGGUAGAGCCGCGUGGCCCACCAGAGUUUGGCUCUUCGCAUUAUGUCCAGAAACGCAGGGACGCUGCACAAAACGAAACGCAGGUACCGGAACGGCAUCCCGGGCGCUGUGGGCUUCAUGUUGCGCUGUUUCUCUCCGUUCUUUUCAUCGCUGUCGUAGCCUUGAUAGCGCAGCGUGACGGAGUUGCUGAUGGGGUGCCGCCUAAAUCACCACUGACAACGGGAGGUGCUUCUGACACUCCGGCAUCUUCUAUACCCUCGUGGAUGGCUGCUCCAAUUAAUCUCUGUCUGCAUGCCUUGAGUGUUUCGUGGGACUACACGCUUGCGCGCAACCCACUUUUUUCUUUCGUGUCGGUGUCUUUGUCGUGGUGCCGUGAUGUGGGCCACGUGUGUGCUGAGUUGCUGAGAGGCAUACCGCACGUGCUUCGUGGAUUGGUGCGGUGCAUUGUGGCAGCCUGGUCACAUCUCUACCUCUUCUUCUGGGAUGAGUUGUUGCCGUUUCUAUACAAAGCCUUCCUGUGGUGUGGAGUGGAGGGGAAAGCAGCGGCCUGCUGGAUUUGGCGCACAGCAGCAGAUUUGCCGCAGCGGAUAUGGCUCGUUUUCGCCUUUGCCAACAACGUGACAUCGCUGCCACCUGCUGAUCAUGAGAACAUGUCAAAUUAUACUGCAUCAAGUUUUUCUGUUUCUGCGGCUGCAACCGCCAAUGGCAAUGUGAGUGCGGUACAACAGGCAAACGCCACACCUGCCGUAAUAUUCUGGCUGGGAACUUUCUACAACUACCUUUUUCCACCUCAACAAGUUGAUGCGCAUGAGACCUCCAAUGCGCCAGUGCUUGUUGAUGAGCGGCAGCAAACACCAGCAGUUGCAGGUAGACGAGGUCAAUCAGCGACGAAGUCAGGUGCGUUGGGUGAACCUUGGACGUCAGCCAGGGAAGCACUUGAAUGGGAAGAGGCACAGAAACAGAGUCAGUUGAAAAAGCGACCUGCCUUGGCGCUUGUAUCCCGUCUGUGGCAUUGGCUAAUGGGCAGACAUUUCUCCGAUGAGUCUGAGCCCCGGAAGAACUCCCGCCAUAAGAGCAGCAAACCGUCUGCAAAGAAGAAGCAGGUGACGCAGCAAGCCCAUGAUAAACAAUCGUGGUCGUUGGCUCUGCGAGAGGGUUUCUUUGGAACUCUAGCUCCCCGCACAAUUAAGCCUCAUGUGAAGACGCCACUUGAAGACGGCAAUAGAAAUAGCACCAACAUGAGCAUCCGUAACAACGUGACUGCAGCUACACAGACUCCAUCUUCAAUAUCAGCGCAAGGGGUUAACGAAAAAGCUACCAUUUCUUUUUUAUCGACCCGCCACUACCUUCUGUUGGCUGACGACGUCUGCAGUAAAUGGCGUGACGACACUGACAGUGGGCAAGGGGCAGUAUUGGGUCUCGCGGCGCUCGUCACGCACGAGGCUUUCAUAGCGGAUGUCACCCAUCUCUUGGAGCUUCCUGUUUCAGCAUCAAUCCACCCACUUAAAAUACACUGUAAUGGGAAGGCCCUUCAUGUGGAAUUUGACAUGCAGCAGGUACAAGGAGAAGAGCGGUGGUCGCAGGAGAAAAUCGAUAAUACACUGAAAGGCGGCGCCUUUCCUAGACUGUUCGCUGUUCUGAAGGCCAUGGUACCUUUGGGAGAAGAGGCGAACGUCAUUGAGAAGAGGCUGAAGGAGGAUGCUGCCGACACUGGGGAAGGCGUGGAGGAGCCACGCCAUUCACUCCUCGAGUCGGCUGAUGAGGAGGCGUCUUCAACAUUGCCUAAGGCGAGCGAGUCACGGGAGCAGCAGCAAGAAGAAGAAGAAGAAGUGAAGGUGCAGUCUAGCCAGGGAUCUGCGGAUGUGUUUAACGAGGAUGGCAUGGCUCAGGGGGCGAGCCUAAACGCGUUUGAUCAUCGCGGACAUGAUGGUUCACCCGUGAAAAUGGAUGAUAUCAGGGCUACCGAGACACCUACCGAUACAUGUUGUAAACAGAUGGAGCAGCGCAUUGCGGAGGCGAAGGAGCAGCACCUGCUUGACCAAGACGAGCUCCAGCGCGAGCUACGGGAUCAGUGUACCGCCGACAAGGCGGAGGCGCUGCAGCGAAUAAAAAAAGAACACGCCGCGAGGGAGGCGCUACAGUUGCUCCAGGUAGCCAAGCAGUGUGAGGGGCAACUGCUGGCCGCAGCGGAGGAGCAGGAAAUGUUUCACGUUGAGGAUGCUUUGCGACUGCUACAGUUGGCUGAAGCGGAGUUUAGUGCCGAGACUCGCGCAUUCUGUGAGUUGAACCGUACAAAUGCCACAGAAACAACGCUACCGAAAUCAUCGGCCUUGCUGCGAUACAUAACUGUCAUUAUUGCGUCUGCGGUUUGUGGAGCUGCCAUUGUUGUUCGCUACACACCCGUUUGGCACGAUUCGCGUUUCCGCAGGGAAGAGUGGGACGCCGCCGCUGCUGCUGCUGCUGCUGCUGCUGCUGCGAUGACGCGGUGGCAAUCGGCGAGUGGCGCAUUGCUACUAGAGGCGCUGGACAUACACAGUGCUGCCGUUCUCGACGCUGUUGCACAUCUCUUGCUGGUGCAAUUUCGGACGACGUACGUGCCAGAACUGCUUGACGCGUACUUCCACAGCCUUGAGGUUCACUACGUGGAUCUGCUCAAUGCCAUCGUGUCGCGUGAGGUCAUGGAAGAAGGACUGCGUGCAACGGGGGCGUGGCACAGGCGUCAGCAGCUCGAACUGGAGCAGCACUUCUUUCUUCAUAAAGUAAUAUUGCAGGAGGAGCAUCAGCGCGCAGUGUUGCAGGCGGACGAGGUGCGUGAGACGGGCGAGCUGCAGGGCCACAUCAUUGCUGCUCUACACAGGCAGGUGCGGCACCUAUUGCUCUGCGUGGAGGAAAAGGAAAAAGCCAUUGCAACUGCAGCAUCAGGUGUGCAGGUUCAUAAUGAGUUAGAUGGCAUUGAUGUGCUUCACCGUGACAGCUCACGCAGCGAGAACAGCAAAAAUAGCAGCAGCGCAUCUCCAUCACAGCAUCAAUCUUCCUCAACAGUGACGUCGCAAAAAAACAACAGGAACAGAGAGUAUGUGUCAGAGUUGGAGGAAAUACUCCGUGACAAGCUGCUGAAGGAGAACAGAGAGAAGCACGCAUUGAUGCUUGAACUCCAGCUGCUGCGGAGCAGGCUGGCCGACCACAGGGAUGCCGUGACGGACUGCCGACACUCACAGUCCUUCCUAGAGGCUGGGAACACGAACUUCACCAGCAUCAAGGAUUUUGCCGCAUCGGAAAGCCGAGACGGUGGCAGUAGUGCACCGAACGCCCUCAUUAUAGCCCAUAGCCAAUGUGCCCCGCCCUUGUUUUCACCGUCGCCGUCAAUGGAGGAAACAACAAAAACGACAUCGUCAGAUGUGAUAAAGUCAGCUGUCAAACACGAAGCGCCCAUCUUCCCCACAUCUGUUGCAUCAAAAGAUGAGGAGUUGGUUGCAGAGAGUCUUCAUCGUUCAUUUGUAUCUCGGUCGUCGCCGCUGGUGUCGCCUUCGCGAUGUCCUCCUCUUUGUUUGGAAUUGCCGACGGCCCGUGACGAUGUAGUGGACGUCGCGGCGUACCUGCGAGGCCACGAUGAUGCGCUUGUCGUGUCACCCGUCCAGCCGUCUAGAGGGUGCGGCUGGGAGAUUGACAAGAACAGCGAAGAAAACGUGGCGAGGCACGUGGCUGCUUCGAUGGACGGACCGCAUCUACAACGGACGUUGACACCCCCAUCAGCAACAACAAAACCAACGACACUAGGAGUAAUGACAACAGCAAGGGGUGUGGGCGCUUCUUCAGGGAAGCCCGUGACGAUGAGGCGAAAGCACCACGAAACGCAGCACUACCAUGGGGACGACUGGGCGGAGCUUGGCAACACGGGCGGCAGCUGA